AAAAUUCAAUUUUAUUUUAUUUUUUAAAAGAUAUCAAAUAUCAAAUACUCAAACACUAUUGGUUGGUGAACCUAUAGGUUGGUGUUAGGGGGUGACCCAAGAAUAACUCUAUAUAUAAUAGACCAACGCGAAAAGAAUUCAUCAUUGUCUAAGAAUCUGGAAUGGCUACAGACUCUAACUCACGUCUACCAAUCAUCGACAUCAGCCCUUUACUAGUAAAAUGCGAUGAUCCCAACAUGAAGGAAGAUACCGGCGUGGUGGAGGUUGUCCGAAAACUAGACCGGGCUUGUCGGGACGUAGGAUUCUUCUACGUGACUGGUCAUGGAAUUUCGGAGAGUUUUAUGAAGAAGGUGAAAGAGAUGUCACAUCAAUUCUUCGAGCUUCCAUAUGCGGAGAAACUUAAGAUCAAGAUUACACCAGCAGCUGGAUACAGAGGAUAUCAGAGAAUGGGACUAAACUUAACGGGUGGGAAACAAGAUUUUCACGAAGCAAUUGAUUGUUACAAAGAGUUCGAGCAAGGGAAGUAUGGGGAAACUGGAAAGGCCAUGGAAGGGCCAAACCAGUGGCCAGAGAAUCCUCAAGAGUACAAAGAGUUGAUGGAUAAGUAUAUUAAGCUAUGCAUAGAUCUUUCUAGAAACAUCCUGAGAGGAAUCUCCUUAGCUUUUGGGGGAUCACCUUAUGAGUUUGAGGGAAAACUGGUUGGAGAUCCUUUUUGGAUAAUGCGCAUUAUUGGUUAUCCAGGUGUUAACCAAGAAAAUGUUAUCGGAUGUGGAGCUCACACUGACUACGGUUUGUUGUCGCUUAUAAAUCAAGAUGAUGACAAAACUGCUCUUCAGGUUAAAAACUUGGCCGGUGAUUGGAUAUCAGUUACUCCAAUCCCUGGAUCAUUUGUUUGCAACAUCGGUGACAUGUUAAAGGUACUUUCAAAUGGAGUAUAUGAAUCCACACUUCAUAGAGUGAUCAAUAACUCUCCUCGAUACCGGGUAUGCGUCGGAUUCUUCUACGAGAUCAACUUUGACGCGAUGGCUGAACCAUUGGAUAUAUUCAAAGAAAAGUACCCUGGAGACGAAAGAUCUCAACUUUCCAAAAGAGUUGUCUAUGGAGAGCAUCUGGUUAACAAACUCCAGACCACCUUCGCAAAUUUAAUGGAACACAAUUAAUUUGAUUGGUUGGGCUUUCAAAUGGCAAUUGUUUUAUCUGGAUUUCUAGUUCUAAUAAAAAAAUAUUACUAUUUGCUAAUCUCCUGAACAUGAAUUCAAUAACUGUAUCAUGUGUACCUGUUGCAGUCUUAAUGGGAUAAAAAUCAUUGUAUUCUAAAACAUCUCCCUUUACAUUAACGGGAAUGGAUAAGGACGCAACCACAUAUGCUAUCUCGUCCCAUUUGGCAGGAUCUCUCGGCCUGGCUGCAAUUUUUCUUUAUAUAUAUGGAAGGAAAUAUCCAUCACCAACUAUUAAUAUUGGGAUUUUUCCAUAUCUUUAGCAUAUUGUAUAUCUUGUGUAUAUUCUCAUAUGUGUAGGUUUACCUUUUCCGAAUGCUGUGUACAUGUAAGGCUUUCCUUGUAAAGUUCAUAGCCUAUGUUUCGUCGUAAAAGACACGUAAAGAAUUCCCCGUAAAGUCCAUGCUACGUUUUGUCGUAAAAGACAUGUAAACUUUAUGACGAAUUUGCAUGUCUUUUAUAGUAAAUUCCAAGUAAAAUUUAACGAGGAAUUUAUGGCGAUUUUCUCAGAAAAGACUCGGUAAAUUUACAUCGAUCUAACGAGUCUUUCCUCGUUAAGUCCACAAAAAUUAGCUACGAAUUUACUUUGGUUCUUGUUUUUCUACAUUAAAAUUUGUAAUCAAAUAAAUAAAUAAUUUUUUUAAAAAAUAUUAAAAAUUACAUAAUAGUACAAUACGAAAAUAUUUUAUAAAUAUUUAAGUUUCAAAUUUAUAAUAUAAUAAAAAUAUUUUUUUAAAAAGUAGCUAGGGGUUGUUCUGGAACUCUUGAAAGAAGUCUUGACUCCUUCUCUCCAGAUCUUCCCUGUCUUCCGGUGCGGGGUGUGGCUGUGGAAUGCUAAAUUGUGCUAGUCUAUGCUGCAACAUGCUCUCCAAUUGCGGAUUUCCAGCCGCUAAAACGUCCAGAAAACUUUUGAGUGAACCCAAAUGAGCUUGAGUGAACCCAAAUGAGCUUGCGUGACGUCCAAAUCAGAACGCGUUGCGUUCAACUCAGAACGCAGCUGAGCAGUCUCAUCAUCCUGUGUCUGACUAUAAGACGAUGUCGCUCUUGGGACAUCGUUAACAGAACCAAUCCCCAGCGUACGUUCUUUUUUCUUAGGGACGAUCUUAAAAAAAAAAGAUCAAUGUUAGUUAGUGAUAAAGUGUUACAUUAAAUGAAUAAUAAUAAUAAUAAUAAUAAUAAUAAUAAUAAUAAUAAUAAUAAUAAUAAUAAUAAUAAUAUAAUAAAAAUUUGUAUCUCCUCGUAAAUCUUAUCCACUUCAGGUGUGGAUAAUGUAACGGGUAUUCCAUUGGAAGACUGUUGGGUCAGUUGGGAUUGUUGCUCUUCAAUCUGAGAAACCACGUCGUUGUAGAUUUGCUCAGACAUGGGAUCUACAAAUUUCUCAGCCUUGUUCUUGUGGGAUCUCUCGUUAAGGUCCUUAAGAUAUGGUAAAACUCUGGUCUCUUUGGCCUAAAACUAUUUAAGAAAGUUAGAAUAUAUUCAAAAAAAUUAAUUAAUUAAAAUAUUUUCCAUCUCGAGAUGGAUACCAACGUGAGGUUUUUGACCUGUAGAGUGAAGCAUCGACAAGUUGCCAUGCUCAUCUUUCGUCAGACGGGAACUGGAGCUACUGUUGGAGACUUUAAUCAACGAUUGCAUGUUCCAAUAACGGAUUAGGCCAUCCCACACAUCCUGUGUGAUCUCAGUGGGUUUCCCGUGCUCAUAACCCUUCACCAGCCAAUCAUCCUUCCAGUUUGAGACCUGUCCAACAAUUGACCUUUCGCCUUCGCGACAAACGUUUUCUUCACCUUCUCGUUCACCCCUAUGGACCGAUGCCAUUUUUCCUGUAACAAAAACUAUUAGGUUAAUAAUUAGUUCAAAAAUAAUAAAAAUUCUAAAUAAUAUAAAAAAUAAAGUUUAUAUAAUUAAUAGUAACUUACAGCGAACAUUUUGAACCACGUCUUUCUGACGUGGUUCGGCGUCAUUUUCUAGUUUUCCUAUAUAUUAAUUGAGAAUCAUUUAAAAAGUUGUAACAUAUAGUUUGUAUUAAUUACAAAAGAUGCGUGUUGAGGUGUUAUUUAAUUAGGCUAUCAAUUUAUCUUAUCUGACAGCAUAGCAUGAGAAUCAAUUGAAUAAUUUCUAGGUCCAUAUCAAUUCACUAGCGAUAUUAUAUUAAUCCGAGCAUAAAAAAAAUGUUGAGGA